AUGGAGAAGCCAACUGAAAAAUUUCAUUGCAAUAGAAAUACAUGGCAAAAGCACCAUUAGACCAGACUUCUGCAAAUCAUCUUGAAAUUAUGCAUUGAGUUAAACAAUGAGGGUUUUGUCUAUUUUAGAUACAUGAAAUCCAAGAAUAUCAGAAGACUUAUACUUCCACUAUCCUACUCAAUUGUUGUAUUAAACAUGAGGCUGUGGUUGAUUAGCUUCAGAAUAAUGGCCAGAGCAUGGAGAAUGGCAAAAGAUGAUAUGAAUCUUAAAAACCAUUGA